AUUACACACAGCUGCCACUCUGCUGUUAUUGUUCAAUCUAACUGGCUGCAAACAUGAAACUGUGUCACGUCUAAUCACAAUAAAAAAGAAGCAGCAUAAAGGAGCAGCAUCCCGUCCAGGCAACAGGUUGUGAACUGAAACCCAACCUAACAUCACACGAAACAAGGACGUGCAAAAAAUCAUUGAAGGUGAAAUUUGAAGUUGAAGGUGGCAACAAUGCAGCGAAGAAACGGUCAAUGUCAGCCACUGGUGGCAAAUGGAGCCUGCAAGGAUGGGGCAGCAACCGAAACAGAUGGCAACAAUGCCACAAAAGCUCCAAUUCCAAUUCCCGUUGCAACUGCAACAGCAGCAGCAAAAGCAUCACAAACGCUAUCGUCCAGCUGUGGCUGCUACUUUUCGCUGGCCUGUUCGAUUGGUUCGAUGAGUUUGGCCUGCGGCAGCUUGUGGCAAAUACCCAACACCACCGACCGCAUCACAUUGCAACGGGGCUUGUUCCUCACCUCGCUGGGAUUCAUCUACUUUGUCUCACUGACGGACUUUUGCAACAAGUAUCUGCUGGAAACGAAGCGGGGACAACAGUUUCGUCACAAAUAUCGUCUCAUGAUAUCCGAUGUUCUCGAAGUAACCAACAAAUUUGUGUCGGCCAUUCAGGCAUCGUUCUCCUUCCUCGUCGGCCUCAUCGUCUGCAAGUCGACGUGCAGCAAGUCCUUUGUGUAUGCCUCACACUUCCUAAUGGAGGCAUACGGUUGGUUCGGCACCGCCUACUUCAUGUACGACAUCUGGUCGAUGUACAAGGUGCACACCCAGAAGAUUGCCGACAAGCUGCACUUGCUGCGUCUAACAAAAGCGCAGCCCUUGAGCAACGGACAUCCACGCAAUUAUUACGAUAAAGCUGGCAACGGAAGUGGCACGGCGGCAAGUGGCGGUGGCGCCACCGCUCAGCGGGGUGGCAACAACAAUGGCAGCACUCCGAGCACUCCCCACGAGAUCUGUGACUACGAUGGCGCCUGUGUCCAGAUCCCCAAGGAUGGGCGCUGGGACUUCUUGAAGUAUGUGAUCACGCAUCCGGUCAUGAUGAUUCAUCACGUCUUUAUCGGCACAUUUGGACUGCUUGUGGUCACGUACAUUCGAGGUGGCGGCCAUUGCAUCUAUAGCUACAUGUUCAUGAUGGAAUUCUCCACGCCGUUUGUCUCGCUGCGCAGCAUCCUUAGCACGAUGGGUCUGAAGGAUUCCCGGGCGUAUAUCGUCAAUGGAUUGGCGAUGUUGGCCACGUUCUUUGUGUGCCGCGUCUGCAUGUGGCCCUAUGUGAUGUGGCGCUACAGUCUGGCGAUUGAUGCCACCUCGAUGUGGGCGGCCAUGUCUGGUUUGCCACGCGGUUGCAUCAUCAGCAUUGCCAUACUGUUCUUGCCGCAGCUCUAUUGGUUCUAUCUGAUGGUCAUGGGUGCGUUAAAGGUAUUUCUGCCGAAGCGACAGAAGCGGCCAGCGGAACUGAAGAAGCUCGGCUCAGAAUUGCAGCCGAAUGCCUUGACAGCCACGCCCACGCCCUUGGAGACGCUCCCCGCUGCCAUAGUGAAUGGCGGCAACAAGUAGUGCAAAUUGUCAACUGUUUGUUAAAGUUUAUACUAUAAAUAUAUGAUGAGAUACCGCAAGAGGAAAUAUUGCUUCCCCUAAACACAUAAACACACACAAAAACGAAAUGAAAAUGCAUAGCUAUUACGACUUUACGAAAUAUUAUUUCUAAUUCUCUAAUUAUUUUCCCUCGCAACGUCCCUUUAAUUUGAUUGUUAAUCUCCUAUUCAUUUAUAUAUGUACAUCGUACGUAUAUUUAUUUAUGUUUAACAAAACUAAAACUCAUUUACAUUACUUUAAAAACGUUAUAUUAUACUUACGAUAUGCCGAAUUUAAGGAACUUUUUCUUCGUAGGCAGCUGAACAAUCCAAUCCACAACUAUACUAUAAUAAUAGAAUAUGGAAAAAAGGCAAACAGAGAGACAAACAAAAGAAAUUGUUUAACUUUUAAAGACAUUACUAAAAAAAAAAAAAAACAAUAAGGAAAAGGAGAAAAAAUGUGGUUAUAAUAAAAACGGAAAACGAAAUAAUCAAAAUGAUUAAUGCUAAUGCAUUAUCGUUUACAAAUGUCAAAAACCAAAA